ACAUUUUUUUAUCCCUUUGUUUUUUCCUUUUCUUCCUCCUCCAAUCAAAACGAGUUAUUCAGAGGCCUACCACGCCUAGACGCCAGAAGUGAAAAAAAACUGCUCAAGAUUUCACUUCCUCAUCUUUCUAUACUCCAAAUAAGAUGCAAAUUCAAGAUCUCUCACUCUCAAAUCGAGCACUCGGGCUGCUUAGUUUAUCACAUUGUCAUAUGAACUCAUCUUUUGCGCCGGUGCAUCGUCUUUCAAUUCCUGGGUUCAAAUUAUGUUCCAAAUUUGGGUUUUGCAGUUCUGUCAAAAGAGUAUCCACACCAUUUGGUGGUUUGAGAAGAUAUGGUGGAUUGGUUAUGGUCAGUUGUGGAGUGUCGACAAAUGAUGCUAGGGAUGAAGGUAGAGACGAUGGGUUUUAUGUGAGGAGGUGUGUCGAACUGGCAAGGAAAGCAAUUGGGUGUACAAGCCCUAAUCCUAUGGUGGGAUGCGUCAUUGUCAAAGAUGGAAAAAUUGUUGGUGAAGGGUUCCACCCAAAAGCUGGUCAGCCUCAUGCUGAGGUAUUUGCUCUGAGAGAUGCUGGAGACUUAGCUGAGAAUGCAACAGCUUAUGUGAGUUUAGAGCCAUGUAAUCACUAUGGGAGAACUCCACCAUGCACUGAAGCCCUCAUUAAAGCCAAAGUUAAGAAGGUGGUAAUUGGAAUGGUUGAUCCAAAUCCAAUUGUGGCUUCAAGUGGGGUGGAUAAACUGAGACGUGCAGGCAUUGAUGUAAUUGCUGGUGUAGAAGAAGAAUUGUGCAAGAAGCUGAAUGAGGCCUACAUCCAUCAAAUGCUGACGGGAAAACCUUUUGUUACCCUCAGAUACUCCCUCUCUGUCAAUGGCCACCUUUUAAACCAACUUGGGGAAGGAGCCACUGAGUUUGGUGGAUACUACUCGAAAUUGUUACAGGAAUAUGAUGCAAUUAUAGUAUCCAGCUCCUUUAUAGACAAGUAUUUAGUUCCUACAUCACAAGAACCUGGUGCCAAUCAACCCCUUUGUGUUAUAACUGCAGUUUCUCAUUCUUCUCCAAUCCAAAUCCCUUCUGUAGGGGAAGAAGCAGCAUCUAAACUUAUUAUAUUUACAGACAAAGAGACAACUGUUGAACCAGUAACGGCACAAAAAGGAAUUGAAACUGUGGUAUUGGAUGGGAUACAUUUGAAUGAAAUUUUGGAAUAUUGCAAGCGUCGGGGUCUGUACAGUGUUUUGCUGGACUUGCGGGGAAGUUUUGAUGAGCUUGAAGGGCUUCUCAGCAAUUGUAUUGAACAUAAUAUGUUGCAAAAGGUCAUGGUGGAAGUAUUGCCAUUGUGGGAUGAAAGUAAUAGCAAGAGUUCCUUUGUGGCUUUGAAGAGUGUUCAGAAAAGGCUAAAAGUAAACAAUCUACAGCCCAGGAUCUCACAUCAGAGCAUUAUACUGGAGGGCUAUUUUUAGUGCUAGUUGUCUGAACCCAUGGAGACAUCACACAAAUUUUCAAGCAGAGCAUAUGUCAAGCUUACCAGGUAUUCCUUUUUUCACUAGGAGCUUCAAAACAGAAUUGGAAAGGUUUAUUUCAUGCUUAUCUUAUUCCUUUGCUUACAAAGAGAAACAGUAGCAUAAUGCCCUGAAAGGUCCUGAACUCCUGAUCCAACAACUUUGAACUUUUGUUCAUUUGUGGUUUCAUGAUGCUUUAAUAUUAUAUUGUAAAUUUUCAGAAGCCUGGAGACAUUUUGGUUUCAUGCAAUAUUAUUUUUGGUUCUUUA